CUUGGACAGUCACACCCGCAUUUAAAGCUCGCCCAGGCACUUCAAGCUGAUUGCCACUACAGCCAGCAGCGGCUAUGCCUAGUGGAAGCAUCGGGACUGACCACAAUUCUCCACCUAAAGUUCCAACUCUUCCUCUUCCUCUAACGAAGAAACGUCGCACUUCCGUACGAGAGCUUCAAGGCCUCCCAGAAUCCGAAAGUGCACCAGGACAAUGCCUUUUUCCAACGCUUCCACUCGAGCUCCUUGCAGAAAUAUUGAUCCAUACUAAUUCUCCUCGCGAUGUUUUAUCUGUCGCUCGUACAUCCAAGCUUUUGUGCUCGACACUUGUCUGCAAUCCCGCUGCCGAUUUCAUCUGGCGCACCAUUCGCAAGAAGUGCUUGCCUCAUGCACUGCCUGAUCCCACCCCGAACUUUAGUGAGGCGGCAUAUGCAGCGUUCGUGUAUGAUGGAGGGUCUUGUGAUGUGUGUAAGAAUGACACAAAAGAAUUCUAUGCGAGCUUUGCUACACGAAUUCGUUUAUGUCGUGAUUCGCGUUGCAAGAAGAACAUCAGGAAAUAUCUUAUGGAUGUUACCACUAUUUUCAAAGGUCAUGCACGCGACGAGAUAUGGAUUCCCUACGUGGAGUCCGCCCAUUGCUUUGAUCCAAACCUCAACAAUAUAUGGCCCGAUAAUCCCACCAUAUUGAUGAAGAAGUCAGAGUGGGAGCGUUUUCGAGUCGAUUAUGCAGCGUUCUCAGCUCUAUCUCCACCUCCGUCUGAGGGGCUACGGAAGGCAUGCACUGAUCAGAUCGUGAGAUUUCCAAAGGUUAUGGAGUUAGCAGUUGCGUUGCAUAAGUGGAAGUGCACCUAUGUCACUAUGCACCGCACCGUCAAGACAAAAAACGAAACGUGGGCGAAGGCACUUGCUACCCGGGAAGGCUGGAAUGAGCAUGAUUUGUUUAACUCUCAAUCCUAUGGUUCAUUGCACAGGCACAAGAAUUAUGUGCUGGAGGAAGUCACGCUACGUGAUUUCCUUCCAAUCAAGCCCCUUGUCGAAGCCCAGCUUUUAAAAAUGCAAAUACACCGUCAAAAUAAAGAAAACGAAGCAUCUUACCGCCAGCGUCGCGACGACGUCGAACAAUACUACAAUCGCCUACGGUCUGCUGGAACAGUUCUCCCAUCGCUUUAUGAGUUCCGCAAACUUUCGGUUAUGACGACCAUGCAGGGCAGCGUGACAGGUUCGAGGCCCAAUUCCAGUGGCCUUGCAAAAGACAUGAAGAACUCGGCCCUCGUCGCAGAACUUGUCGCAGCUGAUUUGAAGACGUGGAUGGCGUCUGCACGGGAAAAAAUUUGGAGGAGUGCGAGCAAGAUGAAGCUGCAUCCACUGGAUAGGAUCACUGCGCGGUUUAGGUGCCAGGGAUGUGGGAAGGUCGCGAAGCGGUACGAGAAGGAACUAUGUCUCGAUUUUGCAGGCGUCUGCGCACAUGAAUGUCCCAGUGAUGACAAGAAAAACAAGAAACCAGUGGAUUGGAGUGUCGAUCGCUUCAUAAAAGAUGAGAAGGCGUCGAAUGCGAUUGCACGCCUCCUGACGCUCGUCGGAAUCACCGACGAGGAUGCGAACGCAUGUAAUACCGUCAAGAUGCUUGGAGCACGCAUUCGGUGUCUUUCCUGCGAACAUGCAUUCAUCAUCAUGGACUUCCCCACCCUCAUUGGUCACUCGCACCGGCAUGAUAAUAUGCAGGUGGCUAUACUGCCCAAAGGAGAAGGGCCAGAGCGUGCCUUUGAGGCGGGUUUGUCUGCGAAACUCAUGGAUAUGGGUUUCAAGUCACGGAAGUUGAGGAGCGAGGCGAAUUAUCGGUGCCGUCAUUGCGUUCCAGCUGACGAAUCAGCUGAUGCUGGCAUGAAUGGGGAGGAGCGAGUCUCUACUGGGGAAUCUAUUGUGAAGGAGUCACACAUGGAAGACUCGCAAACGGGAAACCAGGAGAGACGCCAGAGAAACAAGAAGAGCAAGCUCAGAUCAAUGGACUUCAAUGCGCUUCGAUCGCAUUUGAAAGGGUUACACGGAAUAGAGAUGGUGAGCGACGAGGAUUUCUUCGCACAAACUCCCGUGAAGUGGCAGAGCUAAGGAAUCCAAAUGAAUUUGUCCCAUCUAUUCUUUUCUUGUUUAAAUGUAUUUUAUGUACUAUUAUGAAUUCAUCGGCUGGGCUGUCAUUUUUUGGGGAGCGGUGUCUGUUACAGCAAAGAAGUGAUGUGUCGGGAUCUUCGUCGAGACUGGCAGUCGCGAUAACAUUGUCGUUGUUUCUAGUAUGUCGUCGCUCGGUAUCACAGCAACUUAUGUAUAUUUAUAAAAUAUCAGUAAAUCACGCGCAGUGGUGCACAGCAGCAAUCCUCGACUCCCUAGGGCGGCCUGUACAUGCCAUCCUCACAUGGACUGGAGGUGGAUUCCUUGUCGUAGCCUCAGACAGGCACAGUGACUUUCGAUCGAACAAGCAGAUUUCGAAUUGUUGUCGGUA